UGGAUUUAUUUCAGCGGGAAUUUUCGUGCCUCAUAGCUCAUUUUCUUCAGUCAUACCCGUCACGGCAGCAUCGGUUUUCGUGGGGAGGGAGGCCUUGCUCCCAAGUCGUUCAUUAAAGCCCCCACUUCCCAUUUUUUCCUGUCAGCCCGAGCCCCGAGGGGAGUGCUGGCGAGCGUGGGGGUCUCCCCACCCAGCCACCCACCCAUGCCGCCAUGCCGCCGCCGUUGGCAGGUCCUCUCCGCAUUUCCACACUCCGCCCCCCUUUUGUGCGUCCUUGCUCCAUCUCUGUCAGCGCCGCUCUCCUCGUUCGGACUUGUCUUUAUUUGGCGCUCCGGGAAACUGCCUGGACGGCAUCUUUUUCUCCCUGCCUGGCUUUGGGGAGUGACAACCACUUUCCACUCACUCAGGAGGAGGAGGAGGAGGAGGAGGGCGGUGGGGGAGGGGAAGGGAAGCGAGGGAGGGCGAGUGAGCGGCCACGGAUUUUCCUCGCGGGCAGAAGAGGAGAGCGAGCUUUCCCACGGCUCAUCAAAACAGAAUGGCAGAGAUGUCUUUGAUAGCGAGGUUGGAGAAUGCUGUAAUCAGGCUUGAAUCUUUAAUAUCAGAAUCACACAAGGUUGCUGGAAUGGAAUGUGGAACAGUCAAUGGAGUCAAUGGAGAUGUAGCACCUUACGUUAAAGCCUUUGAUAGACUCAUGAAUGGGACUGUUGCUGAGUUCCUAAGGUAUAGCAAGAACCUUGAUGGUGAUGUGAAGACACAUGGAGAAAUGGUCCAUGCAGCUUUCCAAGCACAAAGAGCAUUUCUACUGCUGACCUCACAGUAUCAAGAACCUCAGGAGGAUGAAGUGGCCAUUCUUCUAAAACCAAUAUCAGACAAGAUCCAUGAAAUUCAGAUGUUCAGAGAGAGAAAUCGGGGAAGCAGCAUGUUUAAUCAUCUGUCAGCUGUCAGUGAAAGUGUUCCUGCUCUUGGGUGGAUAACAGUUUCUCCUAAACCAGGGCCUUAUGUCAAGGAGAUGAAUGAUGCUGCCACGUUUUAUACAAACAGGGUGUUAAAGGAAUACAAGCAUAGUGAUUUGCGCCAUGUUGAUUGGGUAAAGUCUUUUUUGAAUAUCUGGGCAGAACUUCAAGGAUAUAUCAAAGAACAUCAUUCUACUGGGCUCACAUGGAGUAAAACUGGUCCUAUUGCCUCAGCAGCAUCAGGACUGCCUACUCUAGCUGGCAAUCAAGGCCCUCCUCCACCACCUCCUCCACCACCACCACCUCCUCCACCACCAGGACCUCCUCCUGUCUUUGAUGCAGAGAAUGCAAAAGAUGAUGCAACUGCAGGUCGUUCAGCAUUAUUUGCCCAGCUGAACCAGGGAGAGGAGAUUACCAAAGGUCUUCGCCAUGUUUCUGAUGACCAGAAGACCCAUAAGAACCCCAGUCUUCGUGCCCAAGGGGCACCAAUUCGCUCUCCUACAAAAAACCAUACUCCAAGUCCAACUGCUCCCAAGAUGGCACCUCCACAGAGCCAUCGUCCUGUGUUAGAACUUGAAGGAAAGAAAUGGAAAGUGGAAUACCAAGAGGACAAGAAUGAUCUUUUAAUUACUGACACUGAACUCAAGCAAGUAGCGUACAUUUUCAAAUGCAGCAAAUCAACACUACAGAUAAAAGGAAAAAUCAAUUCCAUUACAGUUGAUAGCUGCAAAAAAUUUGGAAUUGUAUUUGACAAUGUGGUGGGUAUUGUUGAAGUGAUCAAUUCCAAGGAUAUUCAGAUACAGGUACUGGGGAAAGUGCCAACCAUUUCAAUUAACAAGACGGAAGGCUGCCAUAUAUACCUUAGUGAAGAAUCAUUAGACUGUGAGAUUGUGAGUGCUAAGUCUUCGGAAAUGAACAUCCUUAUCCCACAGGAAGGUGAUUAUAAAGAAUUUCCUGUCCCUGAACAGUUCAAAACAUCAUGGGAUGGAUCCAAGUUGGUCACCGACCCUACAGAGAUUGUGGGUUAACAUCCUAGAGCCCUUUGCAAAUGACUGACUGCCAUCUCCAAAGAAAUAAUGCCGAAAGGAAACAGCAACAUGAAGAAAUAGAAGUAGUUUUGUAUUGUGCUGAAAGGUUCAAAAGAGCUGCUCUGUGUCUUAGAAUCAUGGGCUGCAGUACAUGUCGCAUUUUUCCUCUAUCAAGAUCAUCAUUUUUGUAGAAAAGAAAAAAACGAUACUGAUGUCCUCAGUUUCAUUUGAAGAAGGCAUGAAUAUUUAUUUGCCAUGGCUACACAUGCUUGGAACUGACUCUGCACAGCCUCGGUACACUUUCUUGGCCUCUUGUUCAGAGUACAGCUCAUUCACCAGGACGAUAAGAAGAUAUGACACACUCCUUUCUUUCAAAACAGUCUACAAAUUUUCGUGAUCUUCAUACACAGGACACAAACUGAUUUUCUUCUGAAAUUCUCUGGCACACUUCAAUAGGCAACAUAUAUUUGAAAAAUAAUCUCUGAUGCCUCUUCCUUUUCUGAAUCUAGCUUAAAUAAUUUGUAUUUCUUGCUGUGUAUAUGAUGAGAGUGUUUGUUGUAAAGUCUUGAGCAUCACUUUGUUUUGCAUGGGAAGUUAAUGCAAUUGGUCCUAUAAUUAAUUCAAUCAAUGUAAAUAAUAUACAUUUGGGAAAAUUAAAAUGUUUGCAUGUAAA